UGAUAAACCACUGUACCAUGUUUCCAUCCGUCAUUCGUUAUUCGAACGAAAUGAUCUCCAUCUCUGGACCACGAGCGAUCACAGAGGGAGAUGGGAAAAUUUGCGAGCGGAAAAGCGCGCGCUGAGCGGGAAAUAUUCUCCGGCGGCCCCCGAAGCGACGACGCCACGUACUAGAUGGUAUAUUAUUGAUCAAUAAGAGAGGCUAACAUGGAUGACCCGUGCCGGCAGAGGCAGCCGUUACUUCCUACGUAUUUUUACGCCACGCGGUUUUAUCGCGAGAAGCCGAUCUUGGAACCGUGUCCACGCGAUCUCGGUGUUCUCCUCACUGUCUUCGAGAAACGUGCCAGCGUAUUUACUGGACGAGAAGUACCGACUGUGCCCUGAAACGCGCCAAUCGUCGUACUUCCGUGGAAAUACUCGAAUCGAGGGUGAAAGAGCGACAGAGAGGGAGUAACGGAAGAGUGGCGAGCUGGAGAGAGCAAGUACGAGGAUAGGCCGCGGGUGAAAAAGGGUGAGACCAGUGGCGUAACUAAGUGAACCUAAAUUCGUGGGCUCCUAACAAAUUUAUAAACAUCACGGCAAUCUCCGGCCUUCUUCGACUACACGUUAGCUUAAUAUAAUUUCUGCAAUACGUAACGAACGUUGUCGAGGUCUGCAAUCGUCUCAGCAAGAGUAUUCUCCACGAAAAUUUGUUUUGAUCUACUCGAUACGUGGGAAAGACUCGCGGUUAAUUUAUCCUCUGUAUUUCGUACUGAAACUUUGCUCGAGUCAUUAGAUAUCGCGUGAAAUAAAUUAAAUUAAUUAUUUUUCGUGAAAGUAUCUAAGUUAACAUCGAACGUCCACAAGAUUCGAAUUCAAGGGCCCCAAACAUAAAUUUCGACCAAGGGGCCACGCUGGUUGCGCCACUGGAGAGCUGGAGAAAGAGAAGGUGGUAAAGGGUGAGAUAGCGGCCGCAAGGACGACGGAGAUAGAAGAAAGACAAGUGUGAGCGACAUGUGCCUGUGUUGAGAAUUCUGUUCACGAUAGUGCGGCGGCCGAGGGUGCGCCGAGAGAGAAGAUCGGUAACUUUUUCCAUUCCUUUAUCCGAUACUCUCUCGUCGCCUACACGGGACUAUCGAUGCAGACCUUACGGAAGAAAAACAGUCCGCGCAAGUUCAAGUUCGAACCAACCCGAUUUCUUGGGGAGGGUGUGUCGUUCAAGGCAAAGUUGAUUGGCAUAUUGGAAGUGUCGGAAGCGAGCGGGGACCGAAUGUGCCAAGAAGCUUUGGCGGACCUGAAGAUGGCGAUUCGAGCCGCUGGUGAACACAAACAACGAAUCUCCAUCCAGGUCAGCAUCGAUGGAGUACGCUUGCGGGACGAAAAGUCUGGGGACUGUCUGUAUCACCAUCCUGUGCACAAGAUAUCCUUCAUCGCUCAGGAUACCAGCGAUUCGAGGGCGUUCGGAUACAUUUUCGGUUCACCUGAUACUGGACAUCGUUUCUUCGGCAUAAAAACUGAUAAAGCUGCGAGCCAAGUAGCGAUCGCUAUGAACGACCUGUUUCAAGUGGUCUUCGAGCUGAAAAAGAAAGAAAUCGAGCUAACGAAGCAACACUUGGAGCAGAAUGCCAUAAGUGUUAUUAAGUUUCACACUCGUGGCAUCUUCACCGAACCUACACCAGACACCAAAGGUGCAGCAGGAACCGAGUCCUCUCUUCAUCGAGCAAAGAGCACGAAUCCGGAGGUAGACAAACAACCUGAGAAAAGAAACGAAUCUCAAAGUGGUGUAAUAGCGGAUUUAUUAGACUUACAGUUUGAACUAAAUUCUCUGCAGCAAGGAAUCCAUCACAUGGACAAAAUCACUCCCGAAAAUCCACCGCCGUCCGCAGACAGCCUCUUUGAACCUGACCCGUUUGGUGAUUCAUUCGCAAACAUGAAGUUGGAAGACACCGUGCGGCCUAUUUUGCCCCCACCGCCAUCAGGCUCGAAAAGAGGUCAUUUGGAGCGACAGGCAACGAUUCCAGGUCCCCAAUCGUCGGUCACGUCGAGUCCAGCGACUACUUUGACGAGCAAAACACCUCCUCUUCAAGGUUCGGUUCAGUGGUUCGACAAGGAUGCAGAAAACCUUUUCAGUGAUAACGAGGUCACCAGUUCGGCCAAGAGUACACCAGUAAAGAAGGAACAGGACGAGGCCCAGGCCCAGGCCAAGAGUCCCCAGAUAGACGUUUUCACGGAGCUGGACCCCCUAGGCACAGGCCUGAUAAAACCAUACGUAGACAAGAAGGACUUUUUUCAACACCUGAAGAACCCCCCGAAGAAGGUCCUGAAAGAUCUGGUGUCCACCAACUCGGCCGACACGUUCCCCACGAACUUCAGCGGCGGUUCCGAUUCCGCGGACUCGGAGAACCAGGUACGAAACGACUUGCUGUCGACGGACAGCCAGUUCGACGACAGUAACUUCGCGAAUUUCGACCGAUUCGACGAAACCGAGGCGGUUCAGCCAGCCUUCGGUCGCUCCGAAUCGACGCGAAGAACGGAAACUGGUCUUAAGUCGGCUCAGCAUCAACCGCUCUCCGUGUCUCUGCCACCCGAAGAGUCUUCUGCUACGAGUGCGCCUGCUAUUUCAUUAGGGGGCGCUACGCUGCUCGGUCGAAUGGAAAAAGAGUCGGUUGAGUCUGUGCAUGGAUUGGUCCAGCUUCGAAGUCCCAUAAAGUCAGGACGCAAGAAGGAUUUCGACAUAGACCUGCCUCCUGGUAAAGGCCAAUCCAUAGAGAAGCCGUUCCCUGUAGACUUCACGACGACGACCGAGUCGCCAGCGUCGCCCUUGAAGUCUUGUUCCUCUGACGCGAAUUCUCGACUCUCCAGUUCGUCUGCGGAGCUGGAGUUGGUCCCAGAGCCUCCUCCUCGAGGAGUGGCUAAUAUCCUGAUCAAUCCACCGCCCCUGCCUCCGAAGAAGCAGGGCGCCAGAGGUGCCGUGAAACCUCCACCGAGACCACCUCAUACCGAGGGCUACUUUCACUAUGAUUUCCCUGAACGAGAGCACCCAGUGCCUGUCAUAUCGAAAGACAAGAACAAGAGUCCUCUGAAGGACGCCAGAAGUCACUUCGACGACAACUUCAGCCCCCCUCUUCACCUGUCCACUAAAUCAGAUUUAAUUGGAUCGAUGACUACGUCUACAUUCGAAGAUUCCUUUAGCUCCAUGGUACCUACGACGAACCUGUCCACGUUCUUCACCCCCACGACCGCAUCUACCACGACGAAGAAGGCGAAACCAUCUUUGGACAUCACGCUGAGUCAAUUGACGUCCUCGAAUUUGAACGAGUUGGCUAACAGUCUUGGUAUGACGGUACAGGAGCUGACAAGCUUGACUCUUCAGCAACUGACAGACUGCUUGGCGACCUUGUCAGCUAAAGAAUUUCCUUCGAACGACAAGGACGAACCUGUGGGGAGACAGGAACGAAUUCCGACCACGAAGUCGCAGCCUUUCCCAGAUACCGUGCAAUCCAAGUCCUACAUCGAAUCUCAAGCCUUCACCAAGGUAGUCACCGACCAGGAACCUAAGUCUGAUGCUACUUACGACAAGUACGCGGUGUUUCGUGAACUGUUGGAGCUGGAGCAGAUGGAGAGGAACGAGGAGGUGAUGCAAGAUUCAGUCGAAGAGGAAGUAUCUGAAGCUAUGAAGGAAACCUUUGAAAAUGCUAGUUCAGAGCCUGAGGACGAAAGCAAGCCCGAGAGCAUAGUCUCCUUGGUGAACCUGACGGUGAAGCUUCCCCCGAGCAACGAGGACCUGGCCACGGAGGAAAUGCCUAACGCAAACGAUGAAACGAACGAGCCUUCGUCGAGCUCUGCCAGUGAGAAAGCUCAGUCUGUUGAAACGGAAACUACCACUAGGAUGUCCAUAACGGAAGUGGAAAUCGUGACAGAAUUCGUGACAAAACAGAGCAUAGAGGUCGGUGAAGAGUCUGAUAGAAGGGAUUCUAUGGCGGACGAUGAAGAAACGGAGCAAGCUGAGAAAACCAACGACGUUCACGAAGAAUCCGAUAAACCUGCCACAGAGAGCAAUCCUGAAGAGCCAAAUGGGACCCUAGCCGUAGAGAAACCAGGGGUGGUGAAGUCCUCCAUAUCGACCUCCAGCGACAGGUACGCUGCCCUACGCGAGAUCAUCGGCGAACCCGAGCCGUUGCCUAAGCAGAACGAAGAAAAUGGGUCCAACUCUGCGCAGGUGUCCCCUGUGCUUUCAUCGUCGACUCAGUCGAAAGGUAUGGCUGAAGUGGAGCUGCUGAACCUGUUCUCCGACACGCCACCUUCGUCAUCCAGUCCGAAGAAACAGGUGAAGAAGGAGGACGAUUUGAAGACAAUGGACAUCUUCGAGGAGAUAAAGAUGUUGAGUACGGGAACACAUACAGCAAAAGGAAACAAGUCUACUAUUUCAGAGGACAUUUUCUGUCCUUUCGCGGAGCUGAAGCAGGAGCCUGAUGACGGUAAGGACGAUGCUAAUUGGGCAAAGUUCGACACAGGAUUGUUCGUUUCGGAGCGACCGUGUUGCGAGGACACUCCGUCGAUCAGUGGCACGUCACCGUGGUCACCGGAUGGUAGGGAGUUCCAGAGGGAACCAUCGUUCAAAGGUGGUGUCUACAGACAGUCAGGAGAUAGCGACAACGAGUGGAAGGACGAAGAAGAAAGCGAAGAGAGCAACGGAAGAACGAGAGGAGAUAGAUUCUGGUGCAGCAGGCAUCCUCGAUUCGACGUGCCAGCUUUUGGCGACAGAUCGUUCUACGAGGAGGCUGGGUCGGUUCCUGGGAACAAGAGAGAUAGAAGUUUUCGAGAUAGGAUGGUGAAGAAGCCUCGCGACGCGGCGUGGAUCAAGAAUCCUGGAUACAGGCCACGCGACCCCUCUUCCUGGCACGACGAAAGCCAGUGGGACGAGGAGUCCAGACGCUACCCUCAUCGGAAGAUGCAGUACAAAGACGAAGAGGUCCAAUACGAAGCGCACUGGAAGUGCAGACCGCAGCCACAACGUUGCAACUGGGCACACGAGCCAUUCUAUGACAAUGAGAGGAAGAGAAAGCUGGCGUUGUGGAACGAAGAGGACAGGUUUGGCAGCCAGAAGAGCAUGGGUUACGACGAAGAGGACAGGUGGUACAGGUCCAAGUACGAGAGAAAAAGGUGGGAGGAGGACGCUAGAUUCUGGAACAGGAAGUCAGGCCCACCUGACCCCGAUUAUCCUACCAGAGAGAGCUAUUACUAUUAUCGAGAAGGCAGGGAAAGGCCACAUGACUAUCCAAGUACCUGGGAUACUGAAUACGGUUCAGAUCGACCUGGAGACGACUCGCCUAGGUACAAUCUAUCCUGUAGGAAGAGGCACUGGCCCAAGAGGCCCAACAGCGCCAACGAGGGCCGCAACACGGACAUACUUUAUACAGAAUCACGAGGGAAAUUCGACACGUCCAGGUCGGAGUGCAGUGACAACGAUUCCGAUCCUUACCUACGACAGUCUCAACGCUCGAGAAGCCGCGAGAGUUAUUGGGGCAGCGACCAGGAAUACGACAGCUGGGGCGAAAGGCCCUACUGGUCCGAAGGGCCUGACACGAAGAGCGAGAGUCUCCAUCGCAAGAGAAUUCCCAGGCACAAGCCCAGACCGCAUCCAAAGACUCAGAGCCCCUUCGAAGACGACUUUGCACAAAGCGUGGAACACGUGGACCCUUCUGGUGUCGAAUCUUUGGCUGCUGUCGAGCCACGGAUCCGUACGGAUCAGAACGACCAGAAACCACCGCCGACGAGCCCUUCUUCUAGUAAGAGGUACGCUAAGGACCUACCCAGGAAGGAGAUCCAAAGGGAGUACAGUAAGAGGUCCAGUUACUUCGAAGAUGACCUCACGCCCACGGCUAGCGCUUCCAGCGAUGCGUCUGAUCGUCAGAGGAUACCCUCUGACCUCAAGGCCACCCCUGAAGAGCUACCCUGCGACAGCAAGGACGCGCACCAAGCAGCAGAUGGUUUUGUUUCGGAGGACAGCGGUCGAGAUUCAUUCUUCAACGGUGAUCUGAGAUACGACGACGACGCAUUCGCGUUUAAAUCUGAAAUGGAGGAUAAUGUACCCGAGAGGGCCACCACGUUGCCCCUGAAGAACCACAGUCGACAAGGCAAGUACGGUCCUGGGAACAACAACAAUAAUAAUAACAAUAACAAGUCGCGAGGGGAUCAGUACAUCAGGAAGUCGGAGUCGGUGAACAUAUUCGUCAGGGAGAACGAUCCAUUCGACGACGACGACUUCUUCAACUGAUAAGUCGUUCCUCGAGUGCUCGAAACGGUGCUGGACAUUGCGACGUCAGGUGCGUCGGGAUGCGUAGGACUUCCGUUGCGUUCUCUUGUAACUGAAUGACGCUGACGUUGCUUUUAUAACGUGGGAACGUAUUUAUUUGAGAAGGUACAGGCUUUUCCUCGGUAUUUGCCCUGAUGCUAUCGAUGUCCACCGAGCACGCGAUGAUUAAUGGAAUAUGUACCGUCGGGCUGUUUUUGGUCAUGUCUGAUAACAGUUGCAUCAUCGAACAUUAUGGGAUGUAAUGGAAUGGGAAUGUAAAGAAAUGGUCGACGAAUUAGUUGGCCGUUCGAGGUCUUGGAGUGAGGGUAAACACCACCUUUGCUUCUCCGUUUCUUCGCAGAGGCUCGGUAACCGAAUAAUAGAAGGCAAACUCCUACGUUUGCUCGAGACAAUGACGUCACAGUUCUUGAGUAACCAACUAAUUCGGCGGUCAUUUAAAAAAAAACUUCACCACCUGACAUUCUGUACUUAUUUAUGACUAUCUCCAAUUGUCUAUCGCUGAAGGUUCAUACUACGAUUGGAGGUAAUCGUUGUCCAGGAUAUGUCGGCCACGAGGUGCCAUACAGAAACUAGUCAUUGUUUUAAUAAAUUUGUACAUAAUGUUAUCGGUGUUAGCAUGAAAUUGAUUCGGUGAUAGAAGUCUGCAUACGUGCGUGCAAUUUACAUGACAGUUUACGUCACACUUGUUUAACACACAGUAACAUCGGGCGCGUACUUUGAAUUCGUAACCAUGGUUCCCAGCAACUAUAGUUAUCGUGUUUUCUGCUUUAUUCGUUUGAUACGAUGAUGUUAGUCAUAUUGCGAAGCCUUAGAAUAAUUAUGCGAAAAACAGGUGCGAUUAUUGACGAUUGCUGCGGUUGGAACUACUGUUGGCUUCCAAGUGCGAGUAGUGUUCUUUUGCCGAGAGUCCAAGUUUCUACCGAGGGUCUACUUAACAUUAUACACUUUCUACUAGAUGGCUUUUCAUCAACUCGAAGCUUCCUCUUCAAUAUCAACGACUACGUUAUCCAUUUGCUGUGUCGCCACCUAAACACCCAAAAAUGUUACAAAAGAA